ACAGGGGGCGUGGCCACGCAACGAGCUGCGCUUCCGUGUUUACAAAACCACGAAAAGGGAGGUGACUAGCGGCGAAACGUAUGUUUGCCGAGCAAGAAUAGAGCGGUGGUGAGGAAAGUGGCACUGUCAAAUCAUAGGCUGACUGCAUGUUAAAAAAGACGUAGUUAAUUCCAGAUUGCGUUUUACAGCGGAAUGUUCACUCGAAGGGGCCAUGGAGACGUCAAGAAAUCUACACAGAAAGUUCUGGACCCAAAGAAGGAUGUAUUGACCCGACUGAAGCACCUCCGGUCACUGUUAGAAAUCUUUGAGAAGAGUGAAUUGAAGACCUUCUUCGAAAGCAACUGUUCUCAGAUUUAUUUUAUCUUCUAUGAAAAUUUCAUUACACUGGAAAGUAACUUAAAGCAAAAAGGGAACAAAUCUCAGAGGGAGGAGCUGGACUCUAUCCUCUUUAUUUUUGAAAAAAUUCUGCAACUUCUACCAGAAAAAAUCUACAGUCGAUGGCAGUUCCACAGUAUAGGUUCUAUUCUGAAAAAGCUUUUGCAUACUGGAAACUCAUUCAAGAUCAGAUGUGAGGGAAUUCGUCUGUUCCUGCUGUGGCUGCAGGCCCUGCAGAAUAACUGUGCGGAGGAGCAGUUCCUCAUCUUCGCCUGCCUGGUGCCAGGCUUCCCUGCCGUGCCCUCCACCAGAGGACCCUGCACCCUGGAUACCAUCAUCUACAACCCUUUCUCCAACCCUUCCGAUGCCAAGGUGGUGCCUGAGGAGAUCACCCCACUGGUGCCAGCUGUGCCAGGGGAGAAGCUGGCAGAUGACCAGACCUGCUACAUCCUCCAAACCCUGCUCAAGUUCAUGGUUGUCCAGGCGUCUAGUUUAGAGUGGAGGAACAAAGACAACCAGGACACCGGCUUCAGGUUUCUCUUCAGUCUGUUCAAGAAGUACUACCUUCCUCACCUCUUCCCCUCCUUCACCAAGCUCACCAACCUCUACAAGCCACUUUUAGACCUCCCCCACCACAGACCAAAGCCUCUGUAUGUCCCCGUGACCCGUAACAACGAGAGCACGUUCUGUACGAGGGACCAGUACCUAGCUCCCCGUGUGGUCUUUAUCACCUGGCUGGUCACCUUCUUCCUGGACAAGAAGUACAUCAGCACCCCCAGCGCCAAGAACGGGACGAACGAGGUCAUCCCCAAACUAAUCCAGACUGUCACUGCAGGCAGUAGCAGUCAGGAGAAGGAGAGGGAUAAAGACCGUGGUGGUAGUGAGGAGCCCCACGGCCCUACAGAGCCAGAGAAGAGCCACUCUAACAGUAGCACGCUGUCUGACCGGCGCCCCAGCGACUCCAGCCUGUGCAGCAUCGACGAGGAGCACCGCAGCGUCUACGACAUGGUGCACGGCAUCCUGCUCUCCACACGGGACAACAUCAACUUCGUCAACGAGGUCUUUCACCAGGCCUUCCUGUUGCCCUCCUGUGAGACGUCAGCGACCCGGAAGGUGAUCAAGGUGUACAGGAAGUGGAUCCUGCAGGAGAAGCCAGGCUUCAUGACGGAGCCAGAGAAGAGCAGACAGGCUGAGGUGGAGGAGAACCCUGAGCAACUGCUCAUCACUGAGACUGACAACACACACACACCGGUGUUGAAAAGUCACUGUCACAAGCGUUCAUCCAGUUGGGGAAGAACAUACUCUUUCAGCAGUGCCAUCAGCCGGGGCUGUCUCACAGAGGAACAGAACAGAGACAUCAAGGCUGGCAUCCAGCCCACCCUGCAGGUGUUCCUGACCAACUCUGCCAACGUGUUUCUACUGGAGCCAUGCCAGGACGUGCCCAAACUACUGGACAACCAGGUGGAGGUGUGCAAGGGGGUGCUGAGCAUCUACCGCCACAUGAUCAUGGAGCACGCCAUGAACACACAGACAUGGCAGCAGAUGCUACAGGUGCUGCUGAGGAUCACUGAGGCGGUGAUGAAGAGGCCUCAGGAGAACCAAAGAAAAGACCCCUUCGCUGAGAGCCUGGCUGCCAUCCUCUUCAGGACAAUCAUCGUGGCGUGGGUACGGGCCAACCUGUGUGUCUUCAUCUCUCGGGAGCUGUGGGACGAGCUGCUGUCUGUGCUGUCGUCUCUGACAGGCUGGGAGGAGCUGGUGACAGAGUGGGCCAGCAUCAUGGAUUCUCUGACCGCUGUCUUGGCCCGCUCCGUCUAUGGCCUGGACAUGAGCAACCUGCCCCUGGACAAACUCAGUGAACAGAAGGAGAAGAAACAGAGGGGACGGGGAGUGGUCCAGGACUCCCAGAAAGCAGCAGCGGUGGCCAGGUCAUUCUCUCUGAGCUGGAGGAACCAGGGAGACCAGCAGGGGGUCCAGGAGCCCAUGAGGUUCCGCAGCGCUACCACCUCAGGGGCCCCUGGCGUGGAGAAGGCCCGCAACAAUGUCCGACAGAAAGCCACAGCUAAGCGAAGCCAGUCUAUCAGCAGCUGUGUCCAUCUUUAUGAGGCUCUGCCUGCUACUAAAAGUGUUCCUAUGCUGCUACACACUGUGAGCUCUUUCCUGCCUGGUCUUUCCUCCUCUUCUGGUAACUCUUGCUCUCACAGGCUUUCAGACGUGGAGGAGGGCCAGCUGUCUGAGUGUGGGGGAGACGGAGACCUGGAGUCUGGUGACAGCCCUCUACCACGCAGCAGCAGCACCUCCGACAUCACACAGCAACUGUCUGACACCUUCCCAGGCCAGAAGAGAGCGUACUCCCCCAACAACUCCUGUGUCUCCGAUGGCAGGACGUCAGAAGGGAGGAGAGAUGGCGACCCACCCUUGAUUCUGAUCCGGCGGAGCAGCAGUCCAGCUGAGCUGGACUACCCUGUAGAGGGACACAACACAUGCACAAGGCUCCAGCUCCGGGAGAAAAGUGAGAGUGUGAGCAGCGAGACAUCCAACGGCUACCUGAACGACGCUGACAGCAGCCUGCUGGCCUGGCAGGCGUUUGAGGAGGAGGCAGACUUCCAUUCAGCCCAGCUAGGGGUCAAAGCAGACACAGGGAGCCAGAGGAACCUGCUGCUCAGCCACAAUGAGGCCCUUGCAGGUCCCGAGUGUGCCCUCUCUCCCCACUCCGCACCACUGUCUCAGCACCAGCACCACCAGCACCCCCCCGCCUCGCCAGCUUUGCUCGUGCACCCUGAGUGCCGGGACUGCCCCCAGCUCCUGGAGGACACCAUGCAUCAGUCUGUGUUACACAUGCCUCAGGACCUGGACAGCAGUGAGUGUCUGACUGAUGAUGUCAGCAUCAUUGCAGGCGGGAGCCUAACAGGCUGGCACGCUGACUCAGCCUUUGUGCUCUGGAGGAGGAUUCUGGGUAUCCUGGGGGAUGUCAACAGCAUCCGCUGCCCCAGGAUCCACGCCAAGGUGUUCAGUUACCUCUACGACCUGUGGCACAAAUUGGCUAAGAUCCGGGACAACCUGGGCAUCAGUGUGGAUAACCAGUCAUCUCCUCCCCGCCCUGUCUUCAUCCCUCCUCUCAGAAUGCUGGCCUCCUGGCUCUUCAAGGCCACCAUGCUGCCAUCAGAGUUCAAGAUGGGGAAGCUGCAGGCCUAUAAACUAAUCUGUGAGAUGAUGACUAAGAACCAGGAUGUGCUGCCCAACAGUGACUUCCUGGUCCAUCUCUACCAAGUCAUGCACAAGGGCUUCACCAGCGAGGACCAGGACGUUCUAAACACAGUGAUCCGUUCCUGUUCCCCACGCUUCUUCUACCUGGGCCUGCCUGGCUUCACUAUGCUGGUGGGAGACUUCAUCACCGCUGCAGCACGCAUCCUCAGCCACGACACCGCCGAGGCUCCGAGGAUUGACGCACAGACUGUCCUUGGGUCGCUGGUCUGUUUUCCCAACCUCUACCUGCAGAUUCCUCUACUGCAGACUGUUCCUGGAACUGAUAACAUCGUCGUUGGGAACGAGGACAUUAAGGACUAUCUGGUCAACAUCUUACUGAAGACGGCACGGAAUGAACCCUGUGAGGCAGCCAGGUGUAUAGCUGUGUGUAGUCUGGGCCUGUGGGUAUGUGAGGAACUGAUGCAGAAUAAUAUUCACCACCAGGUCAAGGAUGCCAUCAAUGUACUGGGCGUAACACUAAAGUUUGGGAACAAGGCUGUGGCUCAUGUAGCCUGUGACCUGUUUCAGCUCCUCAUCUCUCACUGGGAACACCUCCAGAGGCUAGAGCGCUCUCUCCCAAAGAAAAUCAUUGAGAUCUUUGUGGCUACUAUAGCAUUUCUGUUGCCGAGCGCAGAGCACUCGGCAGUGGAGGCUGACAAAAAGCUAAUGGUGUCUCUACUGCUGUGCCUGCUGGACUGGUGCAUGGCCAUGCCCCUGAGUAUGCUGCUGGAGCCCAUCACCAUGCCCGUGCUGGAGGACUCCGCAUCCCACAAGGCCCCUCUGCUCGACUACAUCUACAGGGUGCUUCACUGUUGUGUCUCUGGCUCCAACCUGCACACCCAGCAGAGUCACUACCUCCUGAGCCUGUCUGACCUCUCCACUGACUACGACCCCUUCCUCAUGCUGGGCCAGGUCAAAAAUUCUGAGCCCCCGCCUUCACACACUGCUGCAGACUUUGGCAACCUGCUCACCGUUGCCGAAGAGAAAAAAAGACGGAAUAUGGAGCUCAUCCCUCUGACGGCGCGGAUGAUCAUGACACACCUUGUGAACCACCUGGGCCACCAUCCCCUCAGUGGUGGCCCCGCCCUCCUGCACAGCCUGGUCAGUGAGAACCACGACAACCCCUUUGUGGAGUCAUCAGAACUCUCCUCUGAGGUGUUCAAGAGCCCCAAUCUGCAGCUGUUUGUGUUCAACGACAGCACCCUGGUGUCCUACCUCCAGGUACCCUCGGAGCCCUCUGGUCCAGGGGAACCCUAUGACAACUCCUCCCAGGUACGAGUCAUCGUCAGGGACAUCUCUGGAAAGUACUCCUGGGACGGAGGGGUCCUCUACCGCACGCAGGAGGGAGUCAACGGCAUGCAUCAGAGGACCUCAGACCCCUCCAACCACUCCACCACCAAGCCUACCUCACCAGGCACCUCAGACCCUUUCAACCACUCCACCACCAAGCCCACCUCACCAGGCACCUCAGACCCUUCCAACCACUCCACCACCAAGCCCACCUCACCAGGCACCUCAGACCCCUACAACCACUCCACCACCAAGCACACCUCACCAGGCACCUCAGACCCCUACAACCACUCCACCACCAAGCCCACCUCACCAGGCACCUCAGACCCCUACAACCACUCCACCACCAAGCCCACCUCACCAGGCACCUCCGAGCGCUCCAACCCCCCUGGCUGGGACUCCCAGUCAGGCUGUGAUGAGGAGGAGGUAGAUGGCCUGGACCAGCUCCUAGAAGACCUGGGAUACAGCAGCCCUGAGUGCCUGCCCCAGCCCCGGCUGAGGCUCAACCAGCCAGCCCCCUCUCCCUGUGGAAUGAACCUGGAGCAGGAGGGGGCCAUCAUGGAGGCCAUCCUCAGGCAGAUGCAGCAGGAGGAGGAGCAGAUGAAGAGGUGGAACGCAGACGUGAGCGUCAAGGCCACCGGCCAGAGAGAACCCGCUCACCAGGAGCCCAAAGCUCUCUUCUACUUCUGCAGACUGCUACUCAACGACCUGGGUAUGAACUCAUGGGACCACAGGAAAAGCUUUCAUCUCCUGAAGAAGAACUCAAAACUUUUGAGAGAACUGAAGAAUUUGGAUUCCAGGCAGUGCAGGGAGACACACAAGAUCGCUGUGUUCUACAUCGGGGAGGGUCAGGAGGACAAAUGCUCCAUCCUGUCCAACAGCGCAGGCAGUCAGACCUACGAGGAUUUUGUGUCUGGCCUGGGAUGGGAGGUGGAUCUAGCCACACACUGUGGCUUCAUGGGAGGGCUUCAGAGGAACGGCAGCACAGGACACACUGCUCCCUACUACGCUACCUCCACAGUGGAAGUCAUCUUGCAUGUGUCCACACGCAUGCCGUCCAACUCUGACGACUGCCUCACCAAAAAGCUGCGUCACCUGGGAAACGAUGAAGUUCACAUAGUGUGGUCGGAGCACAGCAGGGACUACCGGCGCGGCAUCAUCCCCACUGACUUUGGAGACGUGCUGAUCAUCGUGUACCCCAUGAAGAACCACACGUUCUUCAUCCAGAUCAUGAAGAAACCACAGGUCCCUUUCUUUGGGCCUUUGUUCAACGGGGCCAUCGUCACUGGAACGCUACUGCCCAGCCUGGUGCGCGCCACCUGCAUCAACGCCAGCAGAGCUGUCAAGUCCCGCCUGACGCUCUACCAGAGCUUCUAUGAGGAGCGUGCGCUUUACCUGGAGGCCAUCGUGCAGAACCACCGGGAGGUCAUGACCUUUGAGGACUUUGCCUCGCAGGUCUUCUCCCCUUCAACCAGCUACUACCCAAUGAGUGGGACAGCGUGCCGGCGUUGGCCGGGGAUGGUUUGGGACAUGGAGUACCCUUGGGCCAAGCUGGACUGCUCCCUCAGUGGCAGCACGAGUGCUGAGCUCAGUGUUUCCGUAGGAACGGACCAUGUGGACCAGGUCUCUCCCACGAUGCCCCGUGCCACAAAAAACAGAGUUUCUGGAAAACUCCGCCGAUCAGCCAGCGCCAUAAGCAAAUCCUCCAACUGAGCUCUCUCGCCCAACCCACCCGCAAAACCUCCCGUUUGGCCUUCACUACCGGUCCUGUUUUAAACCGUCAUACCGACCCCUAAUGACUACAGUUUGGGGGUGUGCUUUGUUUUGUUUUGUUUUGUGUGUGUUGUUUAAACAUUUAAAUGGAGCAUAUUGCACAUUUUAAUUUGUGGCAUUUGUUGAUUCUUUGAUACACUUCCAGUUGUUUUGCUGUUGAACUGCAUAUUUGAGAUGAAGCUAUUGAUGUUUUUUCCAAUGUGGCUGCACUUUGUUUUGGAAGAAUCAAAGCUUCUUUUUAAUUUAUAACUGAUAAAUAGCACUACUCAGUACAGUGAUAAAACGAGGCAUGUAUAGCCAGGGACUGGAGUGAAAGAUCAUGUUAGGAGACUUGAAGUCCACCUAUCAUGAACAUUUCAAUUUAGUUUUUUCAUGCCAUAGCUGUUGAGCUGGUAGUUGACACUGCUGUAGAGGAAAACUCGAAGAGGCUGAAAUGCUAGAGAAAUGGGAGACUGUCUUAGAUUGUAUUCUUGUGAAGAGAAGCAGCUGCGCAUAUAUAGUUAAUAUAUACUGUAAUAAAACAUUUCUCAUCGUCCAUAUGUAUUUUGAUAUGUCUGCCUUUUUGAUUUUCUCAUUGACCCCCCCCCCCCCCCCCACCCCCCCCUUGUGAUCCUGCUGUGUGAAACACUGAUGAUAGUCUUGCAAUGCUGUUGACAGGAUAGGAUGAUUUUUAAGGGUGAUGUUGUUUGGUUUGUUGUUUUGUCCUGGGUCUUGAGCCAUGGAAGCCUGUCUGUCUGUCUGGGUCAUACUCAUCCUCUUGUUGUGGAGAGGAGGAAGGACUGCGUCAUAGGAGGUGCUGCUCUAGCAUAAUGCUGUACCGUACCACACUUCCUGUUUACGGAGUGCUGUGAGUGGGUGCAGUAGGAGUCUGUUUUUAAUAGUUAUGAGCCUGGAGUGGACAAUCAAUGAUGUCUUUCCAACCUGAGGUGAAUCGAAGCUUGUUUUUGUUUUUCUAUCUUUCUAAUGUCCUUUUUAAAUGGAUUCUGAUGGAUUUUGUCAUGCUUUGAUUUAUGCAACUCUGCUGGAAAUGAGAAAAUACUGCAUUUGUAAUUGUUUAGUGAUGUUGCCCUGUGUAGGAUUGUUUAACUUGGGUUCAUAAUCUGUAAUCCAAUAAAUUCCAUCUGUCUCUUCCUCUGCUUUAAUUUUCUUGAUGUCUUGUAAAGCUACAAAUAUGACAUUCCAAUGUCCCUACAGAUGAUCUUUUGCACUCACUGUCAUUGACAACUAGCAUUGAAUGUUUUUUCUCUCUUUAUUCUUGGAUGUAACUUGCUUUACAUUUUAUUUGAUGUGUUUCAGUGUGUGAGAGCAUGCAAAGUCAUAUUUGAAGACUUAUUUUGCUGUUGUGUUGUAUAAUGUAUACAUGUGCUGUUUAGAGGAAGAAGUAGCCGGAGCCUCAGGUGAAUCUUAACCCCAUGCACUGUGUGUGUGUGUGUGUGUGUGUGUGUGUGUGUGUGUGUGUGUGUGUGUGUGUGUGUGUGUAUUUCUGAAGGAGCUUAUUGCAGUGCCUGUGUAAUAUGUCCACCAAUAUCCAUCCCUAGACCCUACCACUGUUAGACAUAAUUUGAUUUAUUUGGGGGUUUUUUUCAUUCCAAGAAGCAAAACGUGGACAGCUAGCUUUGCCUUCCUGUCUCACAUCUCUGUUAACUAGAGGGAGAGUGUUUCCCCCCCCCCCCCCCAUUUGACUGUAAAGGUCAGUGUCUUGUCCUAAUCCUCACAAGUGUUUUAUAUGAACAGAUUGACUGGGUUUGGCCCACUUUGUUUAUUUGAGGAGGUGCUCUUUUCUCUCGGAAUUGGAAACAAAUGCCACCUCCUCUUUCCCAUGAUGCACCAUGAGUAACCUCAUGAGGCCGGUGGGGGUUGGGGAGUUAGAAGGCAUACCAGCGCUGAGCUCUGGCGACCCUCCUAGCAAUAGGCAGGUUGACUCUGUGCUACCCAAGCCCCCUCCUCCUACCACCCAAACCUGCCGCUUUAGGUUGCCAUGGAAGCCAGGUGUUACAUACACAUGAUGGAGGGCUCUACCCGAGCUGCAACACUGUCCGUCUGUUGCACUACUUUACCUUACCUGUACAUCUCCAUUUUCUUUCAUUUUGUUCUCUCGUUUUUUUGUGUCUUUCUUUCCCAAGCACUGAUUAAUAACAUAGGAGGCAUGAAUGUCGAGUUUGUUCAGAGAGAAUGAAGUCUGUUUUGUGCAUUUGAAGAAUGUAUGCAAAUACUGACCUGAGUCAGAUCAAUGCUCUCACUUUCCCAAUAGCCACUCUAAAGAACUACCCAGAUAAUUUUACUGAUCUUCUUAUGGAGUUUAGAUUGUAGAUUUGAUGUUGUGAAUGGGAUCCCUGUUAUAUAUGGGAGAAUAUGGGCCUAAGGUGUUGUUUGGACCAGGGUAAGGAUUGUGUCUUACUCAAACUGGUUCAACUCAUGUAAAGCAACAGAUUUAGUGUCAAUUCUAGAUUUUGGUUUAGGAAUCCUGUACAUUGUGUCAAAUUGAGGGCUCCAGUCCUUAUGAAUAUACAUAUAUUAAUGCCUGUAAUAUAAUCUUUGUAUAAGAGGAAGAGGACGAUUUCAUCAUUACUUGUUAACAUAUCAAACUGUUUUUAAUGGCAGAAGUCAUGCUAUCUUUAUUAGAAAUGUGAAAAUCAAAAAUAUUUCAUUAAAUCAAUUUGAAAUUCUCCA